CCUCAGUGUCUCGCGAUUCAUCGAUCAGUGUGGUGUGUGUCGCGUUGUUGCUCUCUUCGAUUUUUCGUUGCUUCCUUUUUCUGGCUGCGACUUACGCGGCUGCGAAUCAUACUUUAUUCGCUUUCGUGAAAACGGCGUUACAGCUGCGGGCUCGCCAGGAGCCUACCUGAAAACACAGAGAAAAAUGAGACGAAGGAUAUUGUGGAUUCUGGUUAGCACGGCCGUCAUUCUCACGGAAUGCAACGCCGCUACGGAGAAGGAACAGAACGAGAAGGGCGAGAGAACGUUGGGAAGUUCGAAUUAUAAUUCCUUCCCAGACGAUCUCUACCUGGACGAUCAAGAGGCCUCGGAAGGUUCUGGACGAGGUGGAAGCGAAGGACGAGACGACCUUGAAGCAUCCGGUAGUGGCCUUGGCCCUGACGACGAGGAUGGUGACGAUGAACGUGAAUUCGACACGACCAAUAACAGAAUAGAACCAGUGCCAAAAAAAACAAUUGAACCAAAGGAACCGUAUUCUAUUGAUGAAAGCAACAACAACAAUAAAGUUCAAACCAACGACGAAACGAUAAACCGAGUGAAUAACGAAGAGGUCGAUGUAAUCGGGCCCUCGACCGGGGAAGACGAGCACGUGGAUAACAUUGGCGAUAGCCAAGACGUUUACAUAAUGAAUCCAAAGCACGAAGACCGUGCCAGUUCGUUCUUUGCACAACCAGGCGUUCUAGCGGCGGUGAUCGGUGGAGCUGUAGUCGGCCUAUUGUGUGCCAUACUCGUGGUGAUGUUCAUCGUCUAUAGGAUGCGCAAAAAAGACGAAGGUUCGUACGCAUUAGACGAGCCAAGAAGAUCGCCGGCGGCCCAAGCCUUCCCAAAACCUGGCGCACCCCAUCACAAUCGAGAAUUUUAUGCUUGAAGAGACGUAGCCCUUCUGGCUUCGUUACCGACUAAUAUUCCUACCAGUAAUCUUCUGGUAGAAUGUCGCGAUUUCAAGCCAGGGAAUAGAAAGACACGUUCGAUCGAAUCGACGUAUCAAGACGAUCGUAGCUGGACGAUGAUUUGAAUGAUCUAGCUGUAAUGCUCGAUGCUAAUGAUGAUGAUGAUAUUGAUGAAGAUGCUGAUGAUGAUGAUGAUGAUGAUGAUGAUGAUGAUGAUGAUGAUGAUGAUGAUGAUGAUGAUGAUGAUGAAGAUGAUGAUAAUAAUGACGGCGACGAUAACGACGACGAUGAAAAAAAAACAAAAAAAAAGCAAAAAAAACGGCGUAACAUGUGGCAGCUCUUCAUAGAAUAUAACAAAAAAAAUCAUACAUAAAAAAGAAAAGCAGAAAGAAAGAAAACGGGGAAAAAAGUAAUAA